AUGAUGGAAUCAAGGAGCGAAAACCCAGAUGAACAGAAGCAGCAGCUGCAAACAGCGAUGAAAGCUGUCGGGCUUGCGAUUCAACUUGAUACCAGCGGGAGCGUUCCGGAUGCAUAUCUCCACUAUCUGAGCUGUAUGCAGUACAUUUCACAAGCUCUACUACAGGAUGCUAGAUUGAAAGUUUCUCAAGCAGCAACGGUAAACCUGAAGACAACAGCAUCAAUGAAGAUGGUGAAGCUUGCCCAGCGAUGCAGUGAGCGUGUGGUUGAUAUCCUUAAUAACAUGGAUGAUGCAAUCCAACAAACUCCAACCAAUAUGCCUGUUCUACCCACCCAACAGACAACAACCUAUUCUCCCUCUCCACCACCUUCACUGUUAUCAUCAUCGUUAUCGUCAUCGCUGUCGUCGUCAGUUCCAGCAGGUCGCAUCUCUCCGUCUAUGUUUCCAGCUGUCCCCUCCACCUUGUCGCAUGCUGCACCCACCCACGUUGCAGUGGUACGACCCACUGUUCAGCAUCCUACUCAACAAAGGACGGCUGUUCCAAAUGCAUCCCCAAGCCAACAGAGCAAUGAGGCUCUUGGACCAUUAGAGAAGGCCUACAGAGAGAACAGGAAACUGAUGGCUGCCUAUAGGAGCAGAUUGAACAAGAUGCAUACUACUAGCAAGAAUAAGAGCCUCGUGAACCUGACAUUCCAGAGAAGGUUGAUGGAGAAUAUGGCCAUUGCCAAAGCCCGGGAAGCAAGUCUUGCUAAGAAGAUCAAAGAACGUCAACAGCGUCUUCAGGAACAGGCAGCCCAGAGAUUCUCCUCUAGCGGCCAGCCAACCAAGGAAGAGAUGGAACUCAGAACAGUCUAUGCCAACAUACUGGAAUACGAGAAUGUGAAGACAUGGCUUCAGGAAUGGCGCAAACGGCUGCAGGAAUCGCCCGGUGACCUUGGACUGAUCCGUGACCUACUCACUGACAUCCUGUCCUGUGACCAACACCCUCUAAGCCAGCUUCUUAAGCGUUAUCAGAUCGCCAUCUAUCACAAGAUAAUGCCCCUCAUACAGAAGGAAUUGCCCUCUAUAGAAGAGAUUGUGGUUCCAUACAGGGAUGUCCAACCCCUGAAACUGCAAGAACCCAGAGCUGUACCAGAGGAUGGUUUCACCACACCAGAUGCUCUUGAUCAGAGCAUGGAAGACACAUUAGCCCAACGCCUUCAUGCCCUUCGUGAAAACAGCACCUCGAGUGUGGAGAGUGACUCCACUGAGCCUCGACCAUCAAGCCAGGCCAGUAGCAUGCUCUUUGCUCCCAGUGAUGUGAGUGAUGACAUCAUGGAGGAACUGAUGUCUGAUGAUGAGGAGGUGGAUGCUCAAGAGAAAGUGAGCAUCCAGGAGAAGAACAUCCAUCGGCAGCAGGGAGGAUGUCCCCAGAGAACAGCGGGUGAUAAGGAUGUUGGUGAUGAUGAUGAGGAGGGAUGUGAAGAGAAUGGUCACCUGGAUGACAGUGGCAUUCAGAAUGGUGAGGAGUCCUCCAGCACAGAUGAAGCUGCUCCAUCAACAGACAUCCAGGAUGAGGAUCUGGCGAGUGCUUCCGAUGGAGCCAAUGUUGCAGGAGAUGCUGCUCCAGAGGUAGACCAGAUGAGAGAGAUCAGGGAUGAAAUCAGGAACGAUAUCGAACAAGCAUUGGAAGAUGGUGAAAGGCUAUGCAAGGAAUUAGAGGGAGAAACUGUGGGCAAAGUUGAGGAUGAUGAGGAUGGUAUCAGCAAUGCACUUGCUACAACUGGUGAUUCCAUGAGUGAUGGAGACAGAGAAAAUACAGGUGAUGGUAGGACUUCUGCAGCUGCUACAGGUGAGCAGCACUCUAAAUAUGAUAAUAGAGAAGCGAUCAAUGGUCACUCUUGCCCUGAUACUGAUGAAAGGACUAAUGUUGAAUCGGGAGAUGAGAGAACAAAUAACUCUGAAGGAAAUCGGCCAGACAUGCAACCAUCUAACAACCCCCCAACACAACUAGACAGCUCAAGCGGGGGUGUGGCAAGUGAUGGUGAAUCAACAGAUGCAGGAAGAAUGGACAGUGAAAGAGAGAGUGAUGAAGGAAAGAAGAAAGAAGAUGGAGAAGAAAGAAUAGCAGAGAUGAGGUCUCAAGCUUUGAGUAGACAUCUCAAAUGCAUCACCAAGGAUGUUCUAAUGUUUACAGAGCGCCUUCAGUCCUUACUGGUAGCUGUGUAUGAACAACUCAACAGUACAGCAGCUAAGGAGCAAUGUAUCUCUGUCAUUGAGGAUUUCUUUUUCAAGGACAUCUGGCAACCUCUCCUCAUGCUCUUCAGACGAUACAACUACAAGAAAGAGGAAUGCGCCGCCAUUGCCAUGACGAUGUACCAGCAUGCAUUGCCUCAACACAUUGGAGUCGUAGAAAAAUUCUGUCUGCUGAACGAGGGCGCUGUUCAGGAAGGCAGCCAAGCAUCGAGCAGUGACUACCCUUACCAGGCCGCCGUAGAAGAGCUUCAAAAGCUACAGGGAUAUACAUGUCCACUUCAGAAAAUCGAAUGUAUAGUGCGAGUAUCCAGGAUUGUGAUUGAAUGUGUUGGAGAUUACUAUGAGAGUCAAGGCAAGCCAAGACAGAGCCCAGAGACUACGGUUGGUUGUGAUGAUUUGCUGCCUAUCCUAAGUUAUGUCAUCAUGCGAUCAUCCCUUCCUCAGAUUGUCUCUGAGUGUAAUGCCAUGGAAGAAUUCAUCCACGAAGGAUAUUUAUUUGGUGAAGAAGGUUACUGCUUAACGACCUGCCAAACAGCACUCAGCUAUGUCCUGAAACUUGGCAGUGCCGAGGAGCUGUCAAAAUCAUAAUACACAUAUUAAACAUGGCAUUAGAUAUUAGAUCAUAUCAACAUCUUUCACUGUCAAUCAGCCCCUAUUUUAUAA